UACUCUACGUGUAUUCAUUGACACAACCACUAUACCUGUCCGCUCGUAUACUCUUGUGCAUUCUCUGCGAACAUUAAACAUUAGUUUAAUGGAUAUAAAGUGAAUUGAAUGACUACCGAUACGUAAUCAAUACUGUAUGAGGUCAAAUGAAGCUAGUCGACUUAUAUGUAUGUAGUACAGCAUUUAUUCAAGUAACGACACCAAGUGAAGAUUUACAUUUACAAUUUACAUUACACUAUGGAGCUUUAUCGAAAAUUUCCAAAGUUUUGUGCCGGGUGGUGUUUUGUGGAAAUACUCAUAUUUGCUGGACAACUAUUUGGAUGGACAUCAAUACAAUUCGUUUUAAAGAAAGAAGGUUUUUAUAGUGAGUUAUGUCAGUUUGAAAAUACUGCAUAUGAGAGAUGUGUUUCUGAAAUAAUCAAUCCAGACGAUGUCUCCAGUGCACAGAUUGAAAUAUUUGGAACUAAGGGCUGUGAUCCAAACUACUUAAUUUCUCGAAGGAACAAAACUGAUUUAAAUAAAGAUAGUGCAGGUGGCUUUAUUUUCAUUGGCCAGUCAGCGACGAAUCAGACCAAGGGGAAGUAUGCCUUUGAGCAAUUGAAAAAUGAAGCUGAGGCUCUCACCCAAUCAGGCGAAGGUAGCGACGAUGUGUUAAUAAGGAGUGAAGGAGCCCGACCGACUUGCUAUGCUCAAGAUGCAAGACUCAAUUUAUGGUUUUCUGUGGCCAUAAGUUUUUCUUACGUUGCAUGUUCGGUGAUGGGUCCAAUCCUAAACAAAGUCGGCAUGCGGCUGUUUCGAGUGAUGUUAAUAUGCACAUACAUAGUUGGUAUCCUGUGUCUCGGAUUCGCUCCAAAAGAAAUCCCCUGGUUGAUUGCACCGGGGCUUUGCUGCAUGGGCGUCGCAGGAAUGGGGCUCUAUGCUACUAACAUACACAUAUCGUAUUUGUUUCCUGCCGUCCAGUCGACCAUAACUUCAGUGUUUGUCGGCUUCUAUGAUGUGUCCACCGUAUUCACCUAUUUAUUAAAGGUUUGUUACGAGAGCGGCAUUUCCAGGGGAUACUAUUGUUUAGGGUUGGCGUUGGUGCACUUGAUCUUGGUGGGAAUCAGCACGUGCUUUCUUUUGCCCUCCAACAAAUUAAAGCCACGAAGCACUGACCACGCUAAUGCUAGGAAGGAGAACCCAAGUGCAGCAACGUAUGACAAAGUGCCAGGUCCAGAUGGGAAUUGCAUUUCAGAGAAAGAAAAGUUUCUGAAGGUCAAAACUCAAGACCACACAGCAGACGGACGGAAGGUCCGUGCGCUCCAUUCCCUGUGUUCUAUCGAGUACCUGUUGCACGUGUUCUGGAUGUGUUGCCAUGGUUUACGCUUUGUAACAUUUCUGGGUUUCUUCAGCACGUGGAUGGGUACAAAAUUUGGCGUGAAUUCCAUUAAAGAAAAUUACUACCUUGGUGUGUUUUCCUACGUUACCAUGGGAACAGCAAUAACCGCCGUAACUGCGGGAAUGCUUCAUGACUGUCAAAGACGGCAAUACGCGAACAGACCCAAAUUCCAAAGGAAACGUCUGCCGAUCGUCCUUCCCCUUGCAGUUACAUCUCUCUUGUCGAUAAUCAUCACGUCUCUGAUCUUCGUGCAACAGGAGAUAUUCAUCAACAUUGUCUUCGUGGUGUUCACCAUCUACAGAUCUUUCCUCUUCUCCUUUGAAAUCACCUUCCUAAAUGACGUGUACCCGUUACAAACAUUUCCCGUGUUAUUCGGAGUUCUGCAUUCCUCGGCCGGGUUGGCUGGUUUACUCCAGUACCCUUUAUUUGAGUGGUACAAGUCGCACCAGCUUGCUCCGGAUCACGUGAAUUACUUUAUGAUCGGACUGGCGGUCGCUUCAUUUAUUCAUCCUCUGUACAUUUGGAUCUCAUGCAGAAGACAUGGCGAAAAGGGCGGCAAAAGUGACGCAAUUGAGGUGUUCGUGUAGCGUGUCAGUUCUCGUGCAUUUCAACUUCCAGUGCAUACCAAGCUGCUACAGGUGUGCAGUUAUUGUGACGUCGUCGAGAGGUUGUUACGCUCUUACACGGAAGGAAAAUGAAGGAAUCCUUUCUAUGAGGUCGAUCCACUUUUAAGACGACUAUCGAGCUCAACUUACUAGAGAAGAUCUAGCGUGUUAGUGUUUAACUGUUCUGUGAUAUUUCUUAGUACUAGUAUACCACAUCCAGGACGUAAUGUCAAAACUCCAAGCCAAGCCAAUAGUGAAAUGAAGAUCUUAAUUUUAAAGCUGCACUCUCACAGAUAUACCAUUUUUACAACUUUUUUCAUUUUUUGUCUUGGAAAGAGCAAUUUUUUUGCGAAAAUAUCUUAAAACCAAUGAUAAAAGAUUGCUGACAAAAGAUCAGAUCGCAGAUUUGCAUAUUUCCGUUCGAAAAUUAAUGUUUUAUGGCUUAAACCGUUACUAACGGCUGAAGAAAAAUGCAUAAAACAUUAAAAUAUGAACUUAAGUAUAUAAAUCUGCGAUCUAAUUUUUUCCAGCCGUCUUAUGUAACUGGUUUCCAUGUAUUUUCGCAAAAAUUGACUCGUUCCGAGACAAAAAAUAAAAAAAAGUUGUCAAAACGUUCAAUCUGUGAGUGUGCAGCUUUAAACGGCACAAAAUCUUUUUCGAUGCUGCUUCCUUCACUAUAUGGUUAAAGAACGUUCAACAGAAAGCAUUUUGGCAUGAGGAGCAAGAGGACCAUUCUCGUUCACCAGGGACCAUGUUCAUGAAGCAUCUAAAGUCAUUUCCGAACUUAAGUCGAUCUCUUAAAAUGUUCAUAGUCAAAUAACUAGUAAAAGAAGUGUGUAAUACUUUAAGUUUUUUUAAUAAGUCCAAUGAACAAAAUGAAUUUAAGAUAUAAGAAUUUUUUAUAUCAUAAAAUCAAAGAGAUAAUUAAAUAAGGAAAGUGACUCAAGUUAGGAAAUGACUAAAAAGGUUUUCUGAAUAGCGCCCCAAAACGGUGAUGCUAUGCGUACAACAUAUGUAUCAAUGUCAAACCUCUGAUGGGGGAGAAUGUAAGAGGGCAGUCGCACUAUUUAAGUACAGGAAAGUAAUCUACAUGUAUUUGCACUUAACGUGUGUUUACGGGUACAUAUUACAAUCGUUCCACGUACAUGUACAUACUGAUAAAACUGUUCAUGCAUAAUUUAUGUUAUUUUUAGUU